AUAAGCAACGGGCAAUUGAUUGUCAAGUCACCCUCUUUCAGGAUAGAUUGACAAACUCUUGAAGCCUUGCCCUCACUUUUUGAACUCCUGGAGUUCUGUGAACUCCUUUUGUCCUAGUAGGAUGAGACAAGGAUAGUUUCAGCAGGCUGACUGCUGACGACUGACAUCUUUGCUGAUGUAGAGCCAAACGCGUGUUGCAUGGUGCCGGUCGUGCGUACCUGCUUGUACCUGAUUCACUGGCCUUGUUGCACCCGUGACCUUGUGUUUCUUCGAAAGAUAGAGAAGUAGAACGAGCCCACACGAGCCCAUGACGGACCCAUCCGCGAAGCUGGUGACCAAUCCGCAGCGACUGCAGCUGGUCCUGAGCUUUUUGCCUGCAAAUGAGGCCUUUGGCGCAGCUAAGGUCUCUCAGGCCUUCCGGAAAGCCCAAGAGCCUCUUGAUGCAAGGGUCUUUCUGAGUCAAAUUCGGCCAGAGACAUGGCUGCAUAAGAACGAGAUGGACCAGGACUUCAACCGAUGCUUACUGCGUGAUUGGCACUUGUGCCUAAGGCACUCGGCGAUGCAAGUCGCCUAUGUGGACUAUCGACAGCAUCUCAUUUACAUUGAGCCCAGCUGCUCAUUGACAGGAGCACCUCAAGGGAGCGAUCCCUUUCCGGUGGCUGUGGACAAUGAAAACUAUCGCUGUUCCAUCGAGCCCUUCAACUCGGAUUGCUUGUGGUGGGACUGCCUUCAGGGAGAGCUUUUUGAAUGGCCACGCAAAGCCGACAAUUAUGUGGAAGCCUUACCUCAACUUGACCCAGUCCCACCAGGUGCGGGCUAUGUGCCAGUCGAAUUGCCUGUCGAACCAGAGGCAGUGCCUGCCCCACAAGGUGCAGUAUUUGCAGAUCCUGAAGGGCCCGGCGACGUGCCAGUAGAAUUGCCUUUUGAACUAGAGGCAGUACCUGGCUACCACGGGAGUCUGGCCAUACCCAAGUUUCCCGAUGAUGUUAUGGUGAUUUUGUCUCUGAAUGCAGCUUGGUUCAAUUACAGCUUCUGGACACGGCAACUCCAAGGCAUGUUCCUUCUGCGGGAUGGCCGUUUCUUGCUCGUUGGAAGCUGUGAGAUGCAAGGCACCAUUGAUUCUCAGGCCUCUGCCCGAGUAUAUCGCGGCUUUGUGGCCAACUCACUGGCAUCUCUGGUGACCUUUGGCCAAGACCCGCGGAGCCGCGAGAUCUUGCGAACCCGCGUGGUGGGACCCGAUGACGCGAAGCCGAGUGUGAAGCCAACAGAGCUCUUGGUCAGCAUCCCCCGGGUUCAAAGCGACGAUGCUCAGGACUUUGAGAAGCGCUUUGGCCCUUUCCGACGUGCAUCCAAGUCGUGUGAGAAUGUCCUGUUUAGCACCUUGGAAGUGGAUCAGGACGAGGGCCGCAAGAACCUCCAAGUUGGCGAUCGAGUUCGAGUUGUGCGCCGAGGGGACACUUUCAUUUGGAGCUCCUGUCGCGCUGAGGCUUGGGCCGCACCACAGGGAGCUGUUUCACCUCAGCUUGAUACAAAAUACCUGGAAAGAGCUUCCCAAGAGGAUGGGCGCUUUACAACCUUCAGUGGUGGUUGCCAUUUGGGAUUACGCAGGGAUCGCUGGUAUGAAGCUGAAGUAGUCCACUUGAAUGCUGACAACACCCUGGAUUUGAAGUACAUUCAGCCUAGAGAAUGGUCGAAUGGAGCCUCUGGCUUUACUGACGGGCAAGGGAAUGACAGGAGCGACACACCCAUUGAAGCCGAUGUGGCCAUCGAGAGAGCGAAAGUGCUACCAAAGAGCCGAUGGUAUUGGGCUUUCCAAGAUGUUUGGGAAUUAUGUGGUGGCUUCUCAUCUGUCAGCCUAAGCUUUGCUGAUCGGGGUGGUCCUUCAGUCCGUUGCUUCGCGAACAGCAACUGUGGGGAGGCAGAGAAAGAAGCAGAGUCCAAAGCUGCAGAAGUUCCCUUUCUCAAACUGGCCGAUGUCUUUGCCGACACUGCUGAGGCGCAUCGUUUCAGAUGUAAAACACUCUUUGAAGAGAAAGAUGUAUUCGACAGGAAGGACAUUAAGGACAUUGAGAAACUGUCGGCAGAGACAGUUUACACAGAUGGCAGAUUAUACCCUCGAGGAGAUCACAUGGCCUUGUGCAAGCGCCUUUUCCUGCAGCUGCUCCGCACCUCCUUUUGGGACAAGUGGAUAGCGCAGGGGGGCGAGAGCCCAUCAAAGAUCAUACAUUUAUUUAAGAAAGACAAAUUUGUGCGAUUGAUCAUUCAAUAAGACAGGGAUACACGCUACAGAGACUUUAAAAAGCCUGUAGACUUCAGGAACUAGGCAGAUUUGCUGGACAUGCGCAGACGUUUGAUGGGUG